GCUCCUCCUGUGCCCCAGCUGACCCAGGCAGGGAUGAGGGUGUCGGGGAGGGGAACAGGCCCAACAGGCCUCAGUGGGUCAUGGAGGUGGCAUGGUUAAUGAUCUGUCUUCUCUGCUCUCCCCUCCACUGGGUGACUUUAAAGCCUCGCCUCCCACCCUCCACUCAAACACUGGAACACCAAGCCUCAGUGACCAAUGAGGGUCCUCCACCUCACCCAGUAGUGAGGGGAUGUGUGAGGGGGCGAGGUGGUCGGACUUUGGACUCUUUCAGCAGUGUGGACAGAUAAUGAGUCACUACAGGGACCAUAGUACAAUGGUUUUAAUGACAGAUGAGGGGAACACAUUCCCACACACUAAGUCAGAUAGCCUCCUUUUCAGACACCCACUUAGUAAGACAUCUGUAUCUAACUAAACCUAUGACUGCUAAUCACAGGUCUUGUAGUUGAAGUAGUUUCAUGUCAUUAGCUGUCUGCUAUAUAUCACGCUGUUUCAUUAGUGACUGGUUUUUCACUCUCCAUUGAGUGAGUCAGCAUUGGUGCUCACCUGGAGCACAGUGUUUUUGUGUCUUUGUGUGUGUGUGUGUGUGUGUGUGUGUGUGUGUGUGUGUGUGUGUGUGUGUGUGUGUGUGAAACAGAUGCGUCUGUGUGCGUGCAUCAGGUGUGAGCGUAAUAUGUGACAGGUACGUGCGUCAGGUGUGUGCAGAGUGUGUGUGUGUAUGCUCAGGCUUUUCUUGGACCUGUCCAGUGAGAGGUGCCUGUCUGCCUGCCUGUCCAGGCGAGGCUAAGGGGAGUUGAACUCCAGUGUGUUAAUCUGCACGGUCAGCCUCUAAUCCCCCUGGGAGCAGGCAUUCCUCCUCAUAAUGAACCUGCUAUGUCCCUCCCUGCCUGCAUACUGUAUAACAUGAAUGGGGGAGAAAACUGAUAGCCUACAUUAUAAACUGGGUGGUUCGAGCCCUGAAUGCUGAUUGGCUGAAAGCCGUGGUAUAUCAGACCGUAUUCCACGGGUAUGACAAGACAUGUAUUUUUACAGUUCUAAUUACGUUGGUAACCAGUUUAUAAUAGCAAUAAGGCACCUCAGGGGUUUGUGGUAUAUGGCCAAUAUACCACAGCUAAGGGCUGUAUCCAGGCACUCUGCAUUGCGUCCUGCAUAAGAACAGCCCUUAGCCGUGGUAUAUUGGCCAUAUACCACACUCCCUCGUGCCUUAUUGCUUAAAUAUCCCCUGUGUUUACAUAAUCAUAUUUAAAUAAAUAUAGGCCUAGUAUUGUAAUGAGAAGGGCCAGGAGCCACGUGAUCUGACCAGGAAAAACUCUGGGCCUUGGGUAUAACAUUUAUCUAGGGCUUCCAGUUUUUCCUGGUUAGGGAAAAACUCCUGGCCCUUUGUAUCAGUAACGAACCCCAUAUGAAAGUCAGUUCCUGGUUGUUUCUGUGGAGGCGUACAGUGCGGGCAUUCCUCACUGUAGUAAACAGAACAUGAAACUGUCAAACCUGUCGUCUGGCAUUCUGUCAAGCAUUGCCUCAUUUCCAGAUAUUCUCGUUUAUUAACAAAUAUGCGGGAGCCUGGUUGCUACAAUAUUUUCUUAGACUGUCACUUUCAGGAAAUAAAGUAAAUCCCUCUCUGACAGCAUCAUUACAGAGAAACCUUCUAUCUGUUUUUCUAUGCAAAACUUCAUGCGGGCCUAGAUAGAGUGCUGUGUGUUGUUGUCAGCUGAGAGGUUACAUGAAGUCAGAAUUCAGGUUUCCCUGAGUGCAUUGACUGCUCUCCCUUAGGACAGUAGCAUUCCAGACAGGCAAGUCAGGGCAGACUGUCCAUUGAUAAAACUGGACAGAGGCAAAGCACACAGGGUCCUCCUUUCACACUGUCCUGCCACAGCAGCCAAGUUCAUACAAAGACAGACUGCCACCAACAGUGGGUCAUCUAAUUAGAGAAUUUGAUCAUGUUUAGUGAUAGGCGGUAAACAAGCCAGAACCAUAAGACUUAAGCAGCAGCCCCACAACUGUACAACUCUGGCAGGUGAAGCCAUUGAGACAUUGGUGUUGGUCAUGCUCAGGGGAGAUUUACUGGACUGGACCAUUCACCUCAAUCUCCCCAGCCUGUUGCAGGUGACACACUGUCUUUGUGUGGGCCAAGCUACAUCAGUAGAAGCAGUUCAAUGGGAGGUGAAUAGAGGCUUAGAUUUAUUGUCAUGCAUCCACCUCUUAAAUCCCCUUGAGCUUGUUAUGAUGGAGUUGUUUUGGGAGUCUCUUUGCAGAGGAUGACGGAGUUGUUUUGGGAGUAUCUUUGCAGAGGAGUUGUGAAGGAAUUUGAGUUGCCUCGUAAAUAAGACCAUAGACUUUUGUCUUUAACCCGUUGUCAAUCCAGUAUUGUGUCCUUUUCUGUACAACGUUACAUCUUUAUAUCCUGUAUUUACUUUGUACUGACCCUUCUGUCUGUUCUCCAGAGCAGUGCUGCAGUGAGCAAGGAGAAGGCUGAGGUGGAGGCAGCCAAGGGGGCAGUGGAGGGCCAGGCGGGACGUCUUAGCCAGGAGGCCGAGAAGCUGAGAAAGCGGGCACAGGAGCUGGAGAACGAAGUGGCCAAACUCAACCGUAUCAUCGAUGAUGCCAAGCUACAGGAGAGCAAGCUGGGGGACAGAGUGGGCCGGCUUGAGGUGAGUUCUAGAGAAACCUAAUGGACUGGAACUGCAGUAGCAACGGUCAUAGAAAUUGUUAAAAAGUUGUAAAAACAAUUUUAAUAAAUGCAACUGUUGGACAAUGGAUCAAGAUACUGCAAACCUUUAGAAUGUUUAUAAUCCAUCAGAUAUUGAUUGAAUUAUAGCACAUAAAACAUUUACUGGCAUGGACAAAUAAUGAAUGGAAUUCAGCGAUUUUGGUGGGAAUUCAGGUAUUCCAUUUAUUGUCAAAUAAAUAAAGAAAAUCGUAGAAUCCACUCAUACAUACAUUUUCUUAUUGUAUCAGUUUUUUUAGAUAUAUAUUUUGUGUUCAAAUAAAUCAAAUUAUAUGCGCCUCAUUUGCAUAAAUAUGCAGGGUGUAUUUGCAAAUAUGGAUACAUUAACAUAACAGGGCUGCAACCACCAAACACUUGCUCUGUCUACCCUAACCGCACUCACCUACAAUGUCUAGACUGCCUCAUUAAUUACUGUUGUUGUCAAGUUCUCUUGCAUAAAACAACAAUUGUGUCAAUAGCAGGAUACCCUUGGAUUAAAAAUCAACAGCCUUGGCUCUAGAUUACACCUAUCUAAACGUACUUUACAUUGUGUGCAAGAUCAGACAUAAUAUCACUAUAAUCCGAGUGUUCAUUUUCGGAAGUUACUUUCAUUUCAGCGCAUGUAAUUUGUAAACAUUUCAACUGUAUUAAAUUAUUACUUUUUUCAAUUCCACCAAAAAUGAACACCCAUCAAAAUCAAAUGUUCUUUCUUCUCUUUCUUGUGAUGUAAGUGUCGAGACGGUGCAUUAAAUCCCUGACGAAGCUUUAGCGUUCUUAUACAUUCAACUGAAAGACAAUGUAUUCCAUUCACCCCAUUUCAGUCAUUACUGUGGUGUGUUUGACAGGUCAUUACAAACAUUUCCACAGUCGUAACGUUAACGAAUAAAAAAGACAGGCACAAGCAAAAGUAUGAAAGAGUCGCAGGAGUAAAAUGAAAGCAAUCAAUCCAGCAAGAUUUAAGUUACAAGUGGAUUUUGUGUCCCUCAAACACAGGAAAUAGAUGGCUGAAAAAGACAGAUCCUCAGGUGUAGGAGAGCCACUGUAAACUGCACAGGAGUGUCAGUCAGAUUGACAGAAAUAAAAAUUUUCACAUUGAAGAUCAGAUCUGUUGCCUAUUGUCUUAUGCUGGUGUAUGUAUAUGUGUAUGUGUGAACUCACAGAGAGAGAAGAGGCAGCUGGAAGAGUCUUUGGCAGAAAUCAAGGAGCAGGAGGAGGAGAUGUCACGUGCCAACCGUGCUCUGACCACACGGUUAGAGGAUGUACAGGUAAGAUUGACCAGGCUUUGACCACAAGGUUGGGAGAAUUUACUGGUGAGAAUAAUAAAGCAUAAGUGCUGGUCCUCCUUACCAUUGUGACCCAUCUCUCUAAACUAUUUCUGUUACAGAGGAAUCUGACCAAGCUGAACCAUGACCACAGAGAGCUGGAGGAGAGGCUGAAGGAGGAGAGGAGUCAAAAAGAACAGUUCAAGAACACUAAGAAUGAGAUAGAGGACGAGAGGAGUCUCCUGGACCGCACAGUGGAGAAACUACAGAGGGAGGUGAGUGGACCAACUAAAGGCCUUCGGACAUCCUUGCUUUAGUCAAUCAAAUAUCACACCGCAGGCAUGUGUAUGUUUGUGCAUGCAUGUCUGUUUGUUAGCAGGUCUAACUCUACCUUCUCCCUCUCUCCCUGUAGAUGAGUGAGAUCGUGGAGGCCUCUCAGUCGUCCACCCAGGAGCUGCAGGAGCAGAUAGAUGUGUACAAGGAGAAGAACCGUCGGGAGCUGGCUGAGCUUCAGAGGCAGCUGAGGGAACGGGGUGUGGAGCUGGACAAGUCCCGUCUGGCUGCUAAGUCCCUGCAGGAGGAGGUGGGUUGGCACAGUGCUCCCCAUGACAAUGGAGGAUGAGCCAUUGUCCUGACUCAGUGUGUUGUAAACCCCCACUCAGGGUUUGGACAGUGAGGUCAUGGCUUUGGAAUGUGUGUCCUCUCCCCUCUUAUACUUCCCCUUUGCCCUGAACUGGACCAGAAGGUCACAGCUGUAGAGAGGCCUGGUGGCCUGGUGGUAUUACAGGGUUAAAGAGGUUAGAUAAUGUAUAUUUGCAUAGAUAUCUGUGGUUUAGCAUGAAGAGUUGGCGCUGUGGAGGGUGGAAAGAGAAAUCGGAAUCAUUGUUUUUCUAUUGGUGAAGCAUCAGAAUGUUUCAGCAAUCUAGAACUUCAGACACUGACGCACUAGGAUGAAUUUAUGAACCUCUUUUAAUUGAACAAUAUAUUGCAGUAUUAGCUGUGACUUUAUCUUACGUUACAUCCAUUGUUCUCAUACAUUAGGGGAGCUGUAGCUAGGUAGGCUUAUGGAAUUUGGAGUGAGCCUCUGGAAUGUUCUUCAUGGCAUUUUGCCUCAAUUUAGGAAUUCUCCAGCUAAUGUUUUUCCAAUUACUAUGGUUAAUUAUCACAAUAUAGCUAUAACCCCUUAGUAGCUGUGGUCUGCUCCACAUAAUGUGGUUAUAACCCCGGGCCACUGCUCAUUGGGUAUGGUUUGACCUACUAAACACUUUGGAUUGUUUGGAAUGUUUUUGUUGAAUAUCUGUUAAGCGUUGCUUAUUUGAUCUAAUAAUGUCCUCCCUCCUUGUGUGUCUGAGUUACUAACCCCUGCAGAAUGUCAUUAAGGAAAACCACUUUCCUACAGUAGGUUAAAGACAGGUGGCCAGACUCAGUACAACACAGUCCAAACUCCAUGGGAAUUGUGAGCCGUAACAUGCUCACUUUUUCCAUGGAAAUGUGUCCGUUUUACAGAAGAGAGAGGCCUUGCUGCUAGUGGUUAAUCUUUCUGUUGUAGUCUACCCAGUGUAAUGUAUAUGCGCAGAUGGGAUAUGCUGAUGUAUCUUUGUCCAGCUGGUCUACAGGAAGAGGGGGAUGUAGUGUCAUUGUUGUGAGAGCUGGAAUGACUGACUCCACAUCCUCCUCUCCUCCCCUCUGAUCCAUACACUCCUCUAAGGCCUGGUGAUGAGGUCACUGUUCCAUCUGCUUCUGUCCCCACCCCCACAUCUCACGCUCACCCUCUUAUAAGCAGGCACAUUAAGACCUGCUGAAGACAAAUGUAUUUUCUCCUUUUAUCUUCUUCACUCACCAGGCCAGUGUUUGUGAAAGUUUCUCUUAAGUCAUUAUUGUUAAAGGAACAGAUGGCAUCUUGUGGCCACUGCUGAAAUUGCAUAGCUAAAGCAUGCAUGCCACGUAUGGAUGUUACUGCAACACUAUGACACAUAGUGUGGUGUAAUGGUAAAUGAGUAGGAGGUUUUCACAAAACCUGUUGGCCAUUUUCAUUCUGUUUUAAAAGUAUAUGUGGUGUGUGUCCUGCAGCUGAGCCAUGUGGAGGAGGACCUGAGGCAGUGUAAGAGGGAGAGGGAUGAUGCUGUGCUCAAGGAGAAGGCCAUGGAGCAGAAAGUCUACGACCUGGAGGUGGAGGCAGAGACCAAAGCCCACUCCAAGGAUGACAAAAUCCGACAGGUCAAACUCAUGGAGGUAUGGAGGGAUAUCUUAAGUAUUCAUUUCACAUUGUCUCUCAAUUAUAUACUUUAUACACGUGUUCAUGAGACUUUCUCCUGCCAUUUAAAGUGUCAGACUUUUUGUGCUGUAUUAUUUGGUUGUCUUUGAGUCUUCAGUCAGUGUAUGCUAGUCCUUCCAGUUCUGAGGAAGGAACAGUUCCCAGCUAGCACAUAACGUUCUGAGAACCAUAUGUUUCUUAGAGCUUGGUGAGAGCAGGGUUGUCCUAUGGUUAUUUUGCAUACAACCUUCCCACAACUUUCUGGGAAUAGUGCAGGAUAGUUGCUUGGUUUUGGAACAUUCCCAGCACAUUUAAGGAACCUGACAAAAAAACAUUAUUUUCUUGGUAUUUCAUUACUUUAACAGAAUGUUUCCAAAAGUUCAAACAUGGUUACAUUUAAUAAAAAUGUUGGUAAUGUUCUAGGAACGUUUUCCAACUGGUUUGACAUUGGGAAUCUCAAAUAGUUAAGAGAACGAAACAAUAAAUAAACGGGGUGUGGAGCUGGACAAGUCCCGUCUGGCUGCUAAGUCCCUGCAGGAGGAGGUGGGUUGGCCAGUGCUCGCCAUGACAAUGGAGGAUGAGCCAUUGUCCUGACUCAGUGUGUUGUAAACCCCCACGAAUAAAAAAUAAUAAUAAUAAGAAGAAGAAGAAGAAGAAGAAAAUAAACAAAUUUAAAAAAAAUAAAGAAACAACUUUCUUUUGUGGGAAUUUCAGUACUUCAGCUGAGUGGACUAAUUCCAUGGAUAGAGAACAGAAUAUUAUAGGUUUGAAUCGCAAUGAUGCCAUGUCACAAUAAAAAAUAAAUGUGUUUGCAUGAUUAAUGCCUAAGGAAAUGAAUUUCCAUGUGGAGAUAGAAAGUUAACCCAACAUAAGAUAGCAGUGUUAUUAAAAGUCUUAUUGAAUGAUUCAGUGAAAGUUUUAAUGAAAUUAUUCAAAAACCUCCAAAUAACCUAUAAUUUCCGUUCUCAGACCGUUAUUAAAACCUCCCAGGAAAACAUUCAAGGAAUCAGAGUCAAACGUUCUCAGAACCUUCCUACAACCUAAAAAUAAACAUUCCCGAACAGGCAACAUUUUCUGUUCUGUGCUCAGAACGUUUAAAAAACGUUCACUUUUGCCGGUCAGGAAACGUAUGGCUUCGUUCCCAUAACCAAUGUGAAAUCAAAAAUAUACAAUCCCACAACUUCCAAGGAACCAAAUGUGCUAGCUGGGUUCUUUCCUGAGUUUCUUAUAGACACAAGUCAUGUGUACUGCAGGCCUCUGCUGUUGACAGUGGUGUGAUGGCAAAACACAGCAGAAGGAAAUCUAAAGCUGUCAUUCAGAGAAGCAACCCCAUGUUUAGAGCAAGGUCAAAUAAUAAUGUCAAUGUUAUUACCAUGUCAAUGUUGAUACUGUGUUCUGCAGGACAGGAUCAAUCAGCUGGAGCUGGAUCUGGAUGAGGAAAAGCAAAGUGGAGACCUGCUGAUUGUCAGGAUAGACCGAGGCAGAGAACAGGUGAGUGAGUACCUUACCACUACCACUGACUGACCACUCUCACUGACCUCCAGUCAGUGGGGCAUUCUAACAUUCAGUAACCAUGGUUCACCAAGCUCAUUCACCAAUUUGUCUCUGACUCUGCUUCCUGUGACCGGGAGUCACACUCCUAAACUCCAUUAACUUCAUUAUCAUCUGCAAAAGACACAAACUGUUCCUGUUCUUGAACCACAGUUUUCUUGGACUAUGUUGAAGAAAGCAUUUCAAGUACAGUCAUGCCAGAGCAGCUUGGCAUAAUGUGACAUCUAAGCUUACACCCUGUAUCAGUUCUUUGUGCUUGUCUGCCAUCCCCUCGUGCCAUUGACAGCUCAUAUACCCUCAGGGCGCACACACAGACCUACACACCGAGCCGUUCUUCAUUGCGUGUGUGUGUGUGUGGGCCCCCCUGUAUGGAACAGCGGCCCAGAAUCCCACUAUCCCAGUUAAUUUGUGUUCUGGAGAGAGCAGAGGGGUUAUUGCAUUGUAAGAGGAUCUUGCAUAAUCGUUCAGUUUGGCAGGCUUCCUGCUCGGUGUAAAAGCGCCAAUCCAAUUUUCAUGCAUCAGUCACAAAAGACCCCUUUUAAUGCACCGCCUCAGGCAAAAUAUGCACACUGCCAACUUAUCAAGUUUACGGCUAUGGAGUUCACUUAGCUGUGACUGCUUCUCAGGGACAAAUCCAUUUAUUGUGGCUGAUCGUAGUUCUCACAUGCUGAGGGAGUCAGACCUAAACACUGCAGCUUUCCUUCCCCUCUGAUAAACCUGCUGAUGGAGCCAUUAUAAACUCAAAUUGAAAUAAGAGUACAUGCUUCCUGGAGAAAGGGUUGUUGUCAGAAAGCGUUGCUAACUCAGAUCAGGAGACUGUUGGUCCGAUGCUUUUUCAUGAGGAAGUGACAUUAUUCCAGAUACAAUUAAUGUACAGGACAAGCUUUUUCCUCUAGGAUGUGUUUUGUAUUAUUCAACACGUGCUAAGUGUAUUUACCUCUAAGGAUCUGCCCUGUUGCAAUACCUCUGCAGCUCACUGGGCUCUCAUUGAUGUACAUACUGCCAAUGCAAUCAUGAUUCAUUCUUCAUGUCUAACAAAGAUAGGACUAGUUGUUUUUUACGGUCAGGUUCAUUGUUCCGCAAUGGUAAGAUUGAAGGGCUAAGUCUGCACAAUCCCCCAACCUUGAAAUGGAUGAAAAUGUAAAGACGUGAACAAAAGUAUGAGAGGCCUAAAAGGAGUGAACAAGUAGUUACAUUUCCUUAAAGGCAAAAAACUCCUGGCACAGAGAAAAGAGUGGUCACUAGACAAAGUGGCAUUACUGCAAAACAGGGCCAAGGUGAGUUGCCAUGGCAACAGUGGAGGGGUGUGCAGUAAUAGUGAAGUGAAUGGGGUUAGGAUGGGAGGAUGUGGUGGUGGUGGUCGGUGGGAGAGGGGGACCGAGAGAGGGGGGUCUGCAUGGCCAUGAUGGCUGGGAGUGAGGGGGGGGGGGGGGCGGGGGCAGCAGGAAGAACACCUGCGUCUCUCCUGGCACCAGGUGCUCUUCUCCUGUCUAAAUGAGAGUAAUCUCUCCUCUCUCCACCCGCCGUCUCUCACAAAGCAGAUUAGUUUCUGCUGUAUGUUCCAGUCUGCUGAAUCAGCUCCCUCAAGCACUGCACCGGGCACACCAGUUAUGUGGCCCAUCGUUCAUCAGAGCAGCCCACUGUCACACACUAAUUGGCAUUUAAUAUCACACAUACUAAGCUCCCCUCACAAAAACAUUAGUCGAUUAGUUGUCUUUUUUUCAUUCUCAUCUGUAUUCCCUUCUCUUGAACUAGUCUGUCUGUCUCUACCGCGCUCUCUCUCUCUCUCUCCUCUCUCUCUCUCUCUCUCUCUCUCUAUCUCUCUCUCUCUCUCACUCUCUCUCUCAUCUCUCUCUAUCUCUCUUCUCUCUCUCUCUCUCUCUCUCUCUCUCUCUCUCUUCUCUAUCUCUCUCUAGCUCGCUUCUCUCUCUUCUUCCUCUCUCCUAUUUCCUUAUCGCUCUCCCUCUAUCGCUCGUUUCUCUUCUCGUUUAUCUUCCUCUAUGCUGCUCUCUUUUUCUCUUCUUGCUUUGGGGAAGUUCACUCCCUGAUGUGGCUUAAGUUUCCUAGCACUAGUUAGAUAGGUAACAAUUGACGAUUUAAUAGUCUGAGUCAUCAAUGUACGUUGAGUCAGAAGUUUACAUACACCUUAGCCAAAUACAUUUAAACUCUGUUUUUCACAAUUCCUGACAUUUAAUCCUAGUAAACAUUCCCUGUUUUAGGUCAGUUAGGAUCACCACUUUAUUUUAAGAAUGUAAAAUGUCAGAAUAAUAGUAGAGAGAAUGAUUUAUUUCAGCUUUUAUUUCUUUCAUCACAUUCCCAGUGGGUCAGAAGUUUACAUACACUGAAUUAAUAUUUGGUAACAUUGCCUUUAAAAUGUUUAACUUGGGUCAAAUGUUUCGGGUAGCCUUCCACAAGCUUCCCACAAUAAGUUGGGUGAAUCUUGGCCCAUUCCUCCUGACAGAGCUGGUGUAACUGAGUCAGGAUUGUAGGCCUCCUUGAUUGCACACGCUUUUUCAGUUCUGCCCACAGAUUUUCUAUAGGAUUGAGGUCAGGGCUUUGUGAUGGCCACUCCAAUACCUUGACUUUGUUGUCCUUAAGCCAUUUUACCACAACUUUGGAAGUAUGCUUGGGGUCAUUGUCCAUCUGGAAGACCCAUUUGCAACCAAGCUUUAACUUCCUGACUGAUGUCUUGAGAUGUUGCUUCAAUAUAUCCACAUAAUUUUCCUUCCUCAUGAUGCCAUCUAUUUUGUGAAGUGCACCAGUCCCUCCUGCAGCAAAGCACCCCCACAGCAUGAUGCUGCCACCCCCGUGCUUCACGGUUGGGAUGGUGUUCUUCGGCUUGCAAGCGACCCCCUUUUUCCUCCAAACAUAACAAUGGUCAUUAUGGCCAAACAGUUCUAUUUUUGUUUCAUCAGACAAGAGGACAUUUCUCCAAUCUUUGUCCCCCAUGUACAGUUGCAAACCGUAAUCUGUCUUUUUAUGGCGGUUUUGGAGCAGUGGCUUCUUCCUUGCUUAGCGGCCUUUCAGGUUAUGUCGAUAUAGGACUCAUUUUACUGUGGAUAUAGAUAAUUUUGUACCUGUUUCCUCCAACACCUUCACAAGGUCCUUUGCUGUUGUUCUGGGAUUGAUUUGCACUUUUCGUACCAAAGUACGUUAAUCUCUAGGAGACAGAACGCAUCUCCUUCCUGAGCGGUAUGACGGCUGCGUGGUCCCAUGGUGUUUAUACUUGCGUACUAUUGUUUGUACAGAUGAACGUGGUACCUUCAGGCGUUUGGAAAUUGCUCCCAAGGAUGAACCAGACUUGUGGAGGUCUACCAUUUUUUUCUGAGGUCUUGGCUGAUUUCUUUUGAUUGUCCCAUGAUGUCAAGCAAAGAGGCACUGAGUUUGAAGGUAGGCCUUGAAAUACAUCCACAGGUACACCUCCAACACGAUGUCAAUUAGCCUAUCAGAAGCUUCUAAAGCCAUGACAUCAUUUUCUGGAAUUUUCCAAGCUGUUUAAAGGCACAGUCAACUUAGUGUAUGUAAACUUCUGACCCACUGGAAUUGUGAUACAGUGAAUUAUAAGUGAAAUAAUCUGUCUGUAAACAAUUGUUGGAAAAAUUACUUGUGUCAUGCACAAAGUAGAUGUCCUAACCGACUUGCCAAAGCUAUAGUUUGUUAACAAUACAUUUGUGGAGUGGUUGAAAAACAAGUUUUAAUGACUCCAACCUAAGUGUAUGUAAACUUCCGACUUCAACUGUACAUUACUGAGAGCUGACAUGAGAUCAAUUCAGGGGAAUGCAACCAAAUAAGAAUAUCCAAACCACCAAUUAGCUACAGGAAGGAUCCUUCCACCUUGAGUGAGACAGUACAACAACUGCACACCUACACAUACAGGAAGGGUUCUUCCUACCGACACACGAGCAGCCUCUCAUAAUAAUUGUGUUCUCAGAGUGUGUAACCAUUGCGAUGACAGUCCUCUCUGCUCUGGUUGACAGGUGGAGCAGAUGAGAAAUGAACUCCUGCAGGAGAGGGCUGGCAGACAGGACCUAGAAUGUGACAAGAUGACUCUGGAGAGACAGGUACACACUGCCCUGUUCUUCCCACUCCUUCCUGUCUUCCUGUCUGGGGGGAAACAACAGCAGUCUAUCUGUGAAAAGUCCAUUAGGCUCAUACCAUAACAUGCACUCAUGUAAUCCAUCUCUGUCUCCUAUCUGUCCUUCUCUGUCUCCAUCUCUAUACUCCUGCUCUGACAAUGGUCUUGUUGACCAAAACAUUAGCUAAAUAAAGUAGAACUAAGACUGUGUAUCAAAGUUGUUUAUCACACUGUUUCUCACAGAACAAGGACCUGAAGAGCAGAAUAGCCCAUCUGGAGGGCUCCCAGAAGUCUAACAAGGAGGGCCUGGUGAGCCAGCUGGAGAGCCGGAUCCAGGAGCUGGAGGAGAGGCUGGAGGGAGAGGAGAGGUACGGUUAGGAUUGGGGUUGGGGUGGGUUCCUAGGGAGAGGUGGGGUUGGGGUUGGAGGGAGGUAGAGAGGUCCUGCUUUAGGGACCAGUGGUGCAUACAGUGGGGAAAAAAAGUAUUUAGUCAGCCACCAAUUGUGCAAGUUCUCCCACUUAAAAAGAUGAGAGAGGCCUGUCAUUUUCAUCAUAGGUACACGUCAACUAUGACAGACAAAAUGAGGAAAAGAAAUCCAGAAAAUCACAUUGUAGGAUUUUUAAUGAAUUAAUUUGCAAAUUAUGGUGGAAAAUAAGUAUUUGGUCAAUAACAAAAGUUUCUCAAUACUUUGUUAUAUACCCUUUGUUGGCAAUGACACAGGUCAAACGUUUUCUGUAACUCUUCACAAGGUUUUCACACACUGUUGCUGGUAUUUUGGCCCAUUCCUCCAUGCAGAUCUCCUCUAGAGCAGUGAUGUUUUGGGGCUGUCGCUGGGCAACACGGACUUUCAACUCCCUCCAAAGAUUUUCUAUGGGGUUGAGAUCUGGAGACUGGCUAGGCCACUCCAGGACCUUGAAAUGCUUCUUACGAAGCCACUCCUUCGUUGCCUGGGCGGUGUGUUUGGGAUCAUUGUCAUGCUGAAAGACCCAGCCACGUUUCAUCUUCAAUGCCCUUGCUGAUGGAAGGAGGUUUUCACUCAAAAUCUCACGAUACAUGGCCCCAUUCAUUCUUUCCUUUACACGGAUCAGUCGUCCUGGUCCCUUUGCAGAAAAACAGCCCCAAAGUAUGAUGUUUCCACCCCCAUGCUUCACAGUAGGUAUGGUGUUCUUUGGAUGCAACUCAGCAUUCUUUGUCCUCCAAACACGACGAGUUGAGUUUUUACCAAAAAGUUAUAUUUUGGUUUCAUCUGACCAUAUGACAUUCUCCCAAUCCUCUUCUGGAUCAUCCAAAUGCACUCUAGCAAACUUCAGACGGGCCUGGACAUGUACUGGCUUAAGCAGGGGGACACGUCUGGCACUGCAGGAUUUGAGUCCCUGGCGGCGUAGUGUGUUACUGAUGGUAGGCUAUGUUACUUUGGUCCCAGCUCUCUGCAGGUCAUUCACUAGGUCCCCCCGUGUGGUUCUGGGAUUUUUGCUCACCGUUCUUGUGAUCAUUUUGACCCCACGGGGUGAGAUCUUGCGUGGAGCCCCAGAUCGAGGGAGAUUAUCAGUGGUCUUGUAUGUCUUCCAUUUCCUAAUAAUUGCUCCCACAGUUGAUUUCUUCAAACCAAGCUGCUUACCUAUUGCAGAUUCAGUCUUCCCAGCCUGGUACAGGUCUACAAUUUUGUUUCUGGUGUCCUUUGACAGCUCUUUGGUCUUGGCCAUAGUGGAGUUUGGAGUGUGACUGUUUGAGGUUGUGGACAGGUGUCUUUUAUACUGAUAACAAGUUCAAACAGGUGCCAUUAAUACAGGUAACGAGUGGAGGACAGAGGAGCCUCUUAAAGAAGAAGUUACAGGUCUGUGAGAGCCAGAAAUCUUGCUUGUUUGUAGGUGACCAAAUACUUAUUUUCCACCAUAAUUUGCAAAUAAAUUCAUUAAAAAUCCUACAAUGUGAUUUUCUGGAUUUUUUUCCCUCAUUGCGUCAUAGUUAGGACUAUGAUGAAAAUUCGGUUCAUCAUACCUACAGACUCAUUUACAUAAAGCUGUCUGACUCUCAGAGUAAUUAGGUCACAUUGCACUUAACCUUGGUUCAUUGGGUUGGUUAGUUUCGUUUUACAUUCUUUAGGUCAUUAUGAGCAUGUACACUACCGUUCAAACGUUUGGGGUCACUUAGAAAUGUCCUUGUUUUUGUCCAUUAAAAUAACAUCAGAUUGAUCAGAAAUACAGUGUAGACAUUGUUAAUGUUGUAUAUGGCUAUUGUAGCUGGAAAUGGCUGAUUUUUAAUGGAAUAUUCUACACAGGGCGUUACAGAGGCCCAUUAUCAGCAACCAUCAGUCCUGUGUUCCAAUGGCAAGUUGUGUUUGCUAAUCCAAGUUUAUCAUUUUAAAAGGCUAAUUGACAUUAGAAAACCAUUUUGCAAUUAUGUUAGCACAGCUGAAAACUGUUGUGCUGAUUAAAGAAGCAAUAAAACGGGCCUUCUUGAGACUAGUUGAGUAUCUGGAGCAUCAGCAAUUGUGGGUUCGAUUACAGGCUCAAAAUGGCCAGAAAUAAAUAACUUUCUUCUGAAACUCGUCAGUCUAUUCUUGUUCUGAGAAAUGAAGGCUAUUCCAUGCGAGAAAUUGCCAAGAAACUGAAGAUCUCGUACAACGCUGUGUUCUACUCCCUUCACAGAACAGCGCGAACUGGCUCUAACCAGAAUAGAAAGAGGAGUGGGAGGCCCCGGUGCACAACUGAGAAAGUGGACAAAUACAUUAGAGUGUCUAGUUUGAGAAACAGACGCCUCACAGGUCCUCAACUGGCAGCUUCAUUAAAUAGUACCCGCAAAACACCAGUCUCAACGUCAACAGUGAAGAGGCGACUCCGGGAUGCUGACCUUCUAGGCAGAGUUGCAAAGAAAAUGCCAUAUCUCAGACUGGCCAAUAAAAAGAAAAGAUUAAGAUGGGCAAAAGAACACAGACACUGGACAGAGGAAGAUUGGAAAAAAGUGUUAUGGACAGACUAAUCGAAGUUUGAGGUGUUCGGAUCACAAAGAAGAACAUUUGUGAGACGCAGACCAAAUGAAAAGAUGCUGGAGGAGUGCUUGAUGCCAUCUGUCAAGCAUGGUGGAGGCAAUGUGAUGGUCUGGGGGUGCUUUGGUGGUGGUAAAGUGGGAGAUUUGUACAGGGAAAAAGGGAUCUUGAAGAAGGAAGGCUAUCACUCCAUUUUGCAACGCCAUUCCAUACCCUGUGGACGGCGCUUGAUUGGAGCCAAUUUCCUCCUACAACAGGACAAUGAUCCAAAGCACAGCUCCAAACUAUGCAAUAACUAUUUAGGGAAGAAGCAGUCAGCUGGUAUUCUGUCUAUAAUGGAGUAGCCAGCACAGUCACCGGAUCUCAACCCUAUUGAGCUGUUGUGGGAGCAGCUUGACCGUAUGGUACGUAAGAAGUGCCCAUCAAGCCAAUCCAACUUGUGGGAGGUGCUUCAGGAAGCAUGGGGUGAAAUCUCUUCAGAUUACCUCAACAAAUUGACAACUAGAAUGCCAAAGGUCUGCAAGGCUGUAAUUGCUGCAAAUGGAGGAUUCUUUGACGAAAGCAAAGUUUGAAGGACACAAUUAUUAUUUAUAUUAAAAAUCAUUAUUUCUAACCUUAUCAAUGACUACAUUUCCUAUGCAUUUUGCUAUAUUUCCUAUUCAAACUAAUUUCAUGUAUGUUUUCAUGGAUAACAAGGACAUUUCUAAGUGACCCCAAACUUUUGAACGGUAGUGUAAAUGCCUACAGUAUGUGGCAUAUGGCCAAUUACCUUGUGGUUUCCAGAGUAUUAUAUGUACUGCUACAGUAUGUGACAUGUGGCAGAUCGGUAGUCUUACCCAUGAUGCUGUGUUUUCUAGGGACCGUGCCAACCUGCAGCUGGUGAACCGGAGGCUGGAGAGGAAGGUGAAGGAGAUGAUGAUGCAAGUUGAUGAAGAGCACCACUCACUGCAGGAUCAGAAGGACCAGGUCAGGAUGCAACAUGCACACACACACACACACACACAUACACACACACACACACACACACACAGUCGUGUUUAACUAACACACACACACACGCACACACACACACACAGCUGUUUUAACCCUCAGUGUUCCUCUUGCAGCUGAACCUGCGUCUGAAGGCCCUGAAGAGGCAGAUGGACGAGGCGGAGGAGGAGAUUGACCGGCUGGAACACGGCAAGAAGAAGCUGCAGAGAGACCUGGACGAACAGCAGGAGGCCAACGAGCAGCUCCAGAGCCAACUCAAAUCCCUGCGCAGCGAGAUGAGGUAAGCAUGCUAAAUAUACACGGCUAACAGAAGACGCUAAGAACAUGCUCAUUCUGCUUUGGUAUUUGUUUACCUUGUUAAUUGUAAUGCAGCUCUAGCCAGCUGAAGCUAACAGCAUGCACCAAGAGAUUCCACAGUUUAAAAGCACAUGCUUAUGAAGUUUCACAGGUGCACACACAUUAUGUGAACGCACUGUAAUUCAUCUGAACAUAUUUCCUACAACUGCUCAAGAGUAUUACUCACACCUUCCUGAACAAUGUAGUCUAACACAAACAUUAAAUGCAAUAUGUGUAGCCCACUUUCUCUCAAACUGUAACACUUUCAUACUGUGUAAACCACCUCACCCAGCCCUCCACCCAGAAUAACACUCAUUUCCCCUCCCUGAAGGCGUAAAACCAACUCUGCUCCUCUGGACGACGAUGAUGAUGAGGACGACAUCAGCACAGAUGGAGAGACCUAUUUCCGCUCUUCAUCUGGCUAUAAACGCUCCUGUAGCCAAGACAACAUCAUAUCAACAUUCUCUUUG